AUGCCCCUCAAGGUCAUCGCCGAAGCUGAUUCCAUCAGCGCCGAGCUAAAAGACGCCAUGGUAGCGCACCUCCGCUCCCUCAACAUAGAAGUCGAAGACCUCGGAAUCAACUCCUACUACAACAUCGGCGCUGAAGCCGGCCCACGAGUCUCUUCCGCCACCACCUCCCCCUCCGUGGAAACCCGUAGCCUCCUCGCACGCGGAACCGGUGUCGGAGUCGCGAUCUUCGCCAACAAAUUCCCCGGCGUAUUCGCCACAACUUGUCUCACGAGGGACGAGGCUCGCAACAAUCGCUCCAUAAAUAACUGCAACGUUUUGGCACUCUCCGGCAUGACGACGCCGAUCGACACAGCAAGGGAAAUCGUGGAUACUUGGCUCAACACUCCUUUCAAAUCGCCGUGUCCGGCGUCAAAAUCUCAGCCUUGGCAGGAGGACAGAGAGAAAUUUCUGGAUGAAUCGAUGAAUGAAAUGCCUCAAAUCGGUGCUUACGAAAAAUCUAGCCUUGGCCCGAGCACAUAUCCUUUUAAUAUUACAUUGAUAUACUUUAAGAGACAUAUUAAUUAUAUCUUUUAA